AUGGCCGAGCCAGCCCACAAAGGGAUUCUCAGAGACGAGACAAUCAUGCUGCGCUGGAUAUUUGGCUAUUCUCACGGGGCGAAAUUGCUCGAUGGCGCGAGCUGGCCCGACAUACCUCAAACAUCUGUACCACGCAGGCUUAAUUCCAACAUCAAGGACCUAGGAUUUCUCAGCAUUGAUGUUGACCACUUCAUGGUAGAGAAUGGUGCAAUACAACGAGUCGAGAUUGGUCUGUCUUUCCUGAAGGCACAAGCUCUGCAGCAGUUACACUGCAAAUCUACGCAAGGCGGCGACUUGGCAUCUGGUCUCAUCAAAUCUCAUCAUUUAGUUUUUGGCCACAAGAAAGCAUUCUCAUGGAAAAACUACCACUUUAUAUUUGGAAAGGCGAGGCCGAUUAAGCUGUCACAUGUACGAACUGUGCUUGAACGUCUCACUAGGAAGCCUUAUGUGCUUGUUGUCCACGGGGCAAAGCAGGAGCUUUCACUGCUCUCAAUGCUGGACAUAAAACUUGAGCCUAUCUUCAUUCUCGACACUGUUAAGGCCGCUCAGUUUCCACUACAGCUAUGGUAUAUAUACAGCCUGAAGCAGUUGCUGGAGGAGUUCAAGAUACCCUACGCGCAUCUUCACGUGGCGGGAAAUGAUGCACAUCUAACGCUCCGAGUGCUUCUCAUGAUCGCCGUCAGAGACGCUGAGGUACAACUUUCAGGGAAGCGUCUGCCUGAUUGGAUUCCGAUCUUCAAAGCUGUUGCUCAGUCUCCGUUGCCCCCGAGACCCCCGACCAAGCGAGAAAUAGCGGCCAUGGCUGGAGCCGAAGCUGAACGACAGAUGAAUGGCGAUCGAAGCGAAGGAAACACGGCUAUGGACGGCAGCGAAUGA